AUGCACGGAUCCAACUGUCCCAAGUGCGGAGCCGCCUCUGACGGCGCUUCCAAGUCGUGCGAUUCCUGCGGCGCCGUAAGUCCUCCUGACUCCUUUUUCCCUUUUUUUUUCUGUUAUCAUUCGACUCCAGACGCCUUCUCUACGGUAGCUGAUCAAGCACCGUCACGUACGUUGCAUUGA